UUUUUUUUUGCUGAAAGGAAAUUAUGAACGUGGUUAUAUUUUAACGUGAAAUGCAGCGUUAGAUAUGGGAUUUUUUUUAUUGAGUUGAAAUUUUUUUUCGUGUUAGUUACAAAUUUGAUCGUGAGGUUUUUUCCCGCAAACAGUAGCAGUGAUUUUUUAAAAAAAAUUUGCACAUUUUUGUUGGCCUAUACUUUACAUUUAAAUGUGACCAAAACCAGGAAGUUGGCAUUCCACCAAUGCACUUGGCUAAAAUCUUGCCAACCAACUCGUCGUGAGCGGGGAAUUUCCCGACGUUUGCGCUUAAUGACACAAUUAAGCUCAUGGUUACAGAGUACACACAUAUCCAAGCGCCGUGGUGUUUGUUUUAAUACUUCAAGAGAUUAAGGGGGAGAUUGAGAAAUAACUACGACAAGAACCAACAAGAACCAGGAACAACCAGACGAAUGCGAGAAUGGAAGGGACAGGCAGCUCUUCCGUGGUCAUCCUGUUUGACGAGAAUGGAUACCAGUGGGGCGACUACAUGGUCCAGUUAUUAAAAGCGAAACAAACAUGCCUUCGCUGCCGCAAAAUAUCGCUCGACGGCACGCCGCUGUCACGUGGCGACUCAUCCGCCAUCGGAACCGCUUCCUGCCGUCUGCUAAUACUCACGGACGGCCUGAUGGAGGGCCUCACAGACUGGCCCAUGACCAGGGACCUGCUCAAGUUGCUGGUGCCCCCCAAGAGCGUGCUGCUGCUGCUGUGCGGGGUGAGUGAAGAGGACGCCCAAGGCCUGCUCGCCGCCCUGCACGUGUCUCACCGGUGGACGAUACUGUCCUGCGAGAGCGCCCCAGAGAGCUUCGUUGCCACCAUCACCGACAUCGUCACCGAAGGUGGCACUGCCGAUGAGCUGGACUCGGGGAUGGACUCGAAGACGGACACCGACACGGACACGGCAGCGGGGGACGCGGGGGAGUCGAGCGCCUCGCCCCGAGGCAACGCCACUCUCGUGCUUCCCUCCCGCAUCAUGUGUGGGCAACAAAUGGAGCUGCACGUGCUACUCCGCAAAGAGCUUGAAGAGCAACCAUCGCUCACAUGCAGAUUCAUGCACAAGAAUCAGCCUGCACUGCAGGUUCCUGCCAAGCGUGUAAACCCAUACACCCUUCGCUGUACAGCACCCGACUUGCCCCCAGGUAUUGUGCAAGUUGCCGUGUGCUCUGCUGGGGCCGUCCGAGAAAGUACCUCCUUGACGUACUACACGGCGUUGCAGGAGGUUGGGGACAUCUUGGGGGACGUCAACAACCCCAUUGCCUUCAUGUGCCAGGCCUUCAAGAUUGAGCCACAUGACCCGGAAAGGCUUGACAUGCUGCUCGCAGAUUCCUUACGGGAAAACCUCCCUGCCUCCAACUUGCACCUUUUUGGAAAUCACCAGCUCUCCAAUAAUAAUACCCAGCGAGAGGAGGAACUGCCCACGCUGAUGCAUUUUGCGGCCAAGCACGGCCUGCGCAACCUGACAGCGCUGCUCUUCCAGUGCCCCGGGGCCGUGCAGGCGUACAGCGUGGCCAACCGCAGUGGCCUGUACCCCAACAACCUGGCCGAGCAGCAUGGCUUCCAGGACCUGCGCAAAUUCAUGGACGACUAUGUGGAGGCGAUAAUCGAUGAAAAUGAGAGCGAGUACAUGGCCAUGACUCCAAGCAGAGUUGCUCCCACGCCGGCGCCCGAAGACGAGGAGCCAUACAUCGCCAUGGGCCCCGGCAUCACCGUGAAGCAGAAAAGCCUCCGUGCUCUUGGCAGAGAGAGAGCAUGUUGUGGCGUACCUCUGCCUUCCGACCCGUUUGGUUUGUUCGGGCUCACGCACUCGGACGCGUCGCUUCGUAACCUCCUUGAGGGCACGACUGAAGAAAUGCAGUCGGGCCCGCCCAAGGCACGGCCUGCAAAUACAGAAGAAAGGUCGCAGCAGAAUUUGCCGAAAAGAGCCUCCCUGAAGCCUACAAGGUCACCACCAGCUGUUGCCCAGCACCAGCCGGAGAAAGGUUUUGAAGAUGCGUCUGCCAACCAGGACCCAACGCGCGACCACUUUGCGGGCAUGAAGACACCUGGGCAGCAGCAGCUCAUCACGCUGCAGGAGCAGGUGAAGGCUGGCUUGAUCUCCAUCGACGAGGCGGUCAUUCGCUUCAAGGCGAAUCAGAUCGACGAGAAGCGCCGCAUGGCCUCUUUCAAGUUCCAUGAGGAAAAUCUUAAAAGCAUCCGGGAAAGCAUCGCCCGGAGAAAAAAAGAACCCAGUCCAAGGCAACCAGAUUUGAAAGAGGAUAUACCUGUCGGCCUGUAUGAAUCUCUGCCAUCAAAAGAGUUUCCUUUUCCGAGCCAAGGGGCGUUCCGUCACCGUCCCAUGCGUGACUCUACCUCCAGCACGACAAGCUCCGUCAGCAGCCGCUCAAGCACUCGCAGUUUGCAGAGCCUGAGCAGCGGCGCAGAGGCAGACAUCGAGGUGACUGACAUUCUCACUUCCCAAGCCUCCGAGGGAGAUGGUGAGGGCGAUAUGCCGCACACUAUGAAGGAAAAGCGGAGGACCUCGGAGCCACCAAUGUUGGAAAAGAAAUGUGUUCCUCCUCUACCUGUGGGUUCUAAAAAAAUGAGCUCCACAUCCCCAACUGCGACUGCACCCAGCUAUCCACGUCCGCACUCCGGCUCGAUGACACUACAACCUCCGCAGAUACAGCAUAAAGCCCCUCCUGUCACACCCAGGCCUCCGCACACCCUCUCAGCCAAGGGCCGAGAGGCACCAGCAGCAGCAGGGGCGAGUCCACAGCCCGGAGGGACACCACCACCCCUGUUACCGCGGGGGAAGAGCCCACAGUCACCCAGGCAAUGAGCGGGAGGUACAGUCAGGCAUACCAAUGGGGCCUUCUCCCACAUGGGACCGAAUGCAACUUGAAGGGUUAUUUUAAUUUUGUGUUGGGGUGUAAUUGCAAAACUGUAGUAGUAAUAAUAAUAUGCAAUGUUCAAUGUCGUGCUAAUUUAAAUGUGAAAACAAAUCGAUGAAAGCGUUGCACACCUGUUUUGAUUGCACGUGAUGUAUCACACGCCAAGGUUGUGUUUAUGUAAUGUGCGUGCACCGAAGCUCACACGGAUACACGGGGCCCGUGUGUGUGUGUGUGUGGACUGCGGUUGAGCCGAAAAGUCAAUACAAAAGAGGCACCUUUGGAGAGCUGAUAACCUGGAAAUACAUUCACGGAAUAAAAGUACACACUAACAGGCUUCUCAUUUUCAACAUUUUAAGAUCGAUCCACUUCAAGCCUCGCUUUUGGUUGGAGGUUUAUACCCUAUUUUUCUAAAAAAUAUAUCACGAUGUUGGCAUUAGAUUUUAAAAUGGGAGGUAUUCUUAAAACUCGUUCACAAUGAUUUAUAUAUAUAAAAUCCUUUUUGUGCCAAAUUAGAGUCCUUCAUUAUCGCUGUAUAGUUCCCCCAAAACCAUAGGUUUUUGCUUAUCUGUAAAACUGCCCUUGCAAAAAGUCUGACAUGUUCUACACACUUAUAUAAUUCACGAAGGCAUGCAUACUAUAAUAUAAAUGAGACAAUCAUCUUUGCAAAGUUUUGGCAAAAGGUGAGCAAUUGUAGCAUACACCGUGGUGCUGAUGACAUGCAGACGCAUGCCUCUGUGUCAGCGUAAUGGUCACUCACCAAUUCGGAGGUCCCAGCGUUUUUUUACGUUUGUGUUUUUUCUUUAAAUCAUCUGCGUGUACGCAUGUCUUUAUCUGACCAUUCCAGAUUUCUCUGGGCUGUGCGUCAUGGCAAUAAAACUCACUGCCAUGCAGCCGCUGCGCUGGAUUAUGAAAGUUAACAUGACUCAACAACAUAUAUGAUAUAUAUACAACAAUAUGACUCAACAACAUGUGAGCAGGCUUGGUUAUCACAGCGCAGGCAGUCACCGACGAGGUUAUUUUGUCAAAAGGAUCCGCGUGGAACGCACAAUAUAGCAACUGCUCACCUUGUCUCUCACACAACACAAAACAUCAGUGAACCGUGUGCGAAUUUCAGCACUUCGCCUUCAAGUGAAACGUGGUUUUACAAUGCAGCGGGCGCUUUUGAUUGCACCUGCUGAAAACGCAACAAGUCAUCGUGGGUUUGUGCCCGACACAGCAAGUGCAGCUGAGUUGUCAACAUUGUGCAUCGUGCCCAUGACUUGUCUGGUGUCACGUCGUGAAUUCACUCUGGAUCAUGUUUGUGAAUAAAUUAACGGCAUGUUUUCCCCGUGCCUGUGCCUGUCCACCCAGCAGUAUGCAUGGGGACACCAGAGUUAGUCGGUAGGUAGCUCACUUGUGGUGGGGGGUAAAGUGUGGGUCAAAUGUCUGGUCAGCAUGGAAGAGUAGGCCAAAUUACCUUAUCGAAGGGCUUUCUGGAGUUCUCGCUUGUGGAGGCCCUUCUGCUAUCUGUGGCGUGAGCCAGCAGCUGCAGGACUGCACCUUUACCUUUUCAGUGUCUGUAAUCGGACUUGGCGCUUUUUGCUGUCCAUCUUGUACUGAGGGAUUUUACACUUUCCUUCAACAACUAUGCCCUUUUCCAAUAUGUAAUUGGUCAGAUCUAAUAAUGAUCAUCAUAAUGUUGAACUAUGUUAUUUAGGUCCAACAAACGGCACAGUACUAUGCACAAACAUAAAUUAAGAUUUAAUCUUAAAAAUAACGGCCACAAUGCCAGAGAUGGUGGGAUAUGACCAAACACGAGCUAUGAGGGAUAUACAGCUAGAUGUGUUUUACUGAGCAUGGCAUUCUCUACAUCCCUCGGCAACACAAUGAAUGUUGGAAGUAAUAAAAAAUGCACCCACAAUGUGUAAACCUUUUGUACAAGAUGCAGCUUCGCUAUUGCAGCAGCUCCAUUCCUCGGCAGUCGGCGAGGUGGGGUUUGUCGCAACACAAAAACCAGGUCCCAGUUUCCCAGUGUCGAGUUAGCAAUGGGGAACAAUAGCUACCUCCGGUGCCCAGGGUUGGACACACAAUGGCUUAAACAUUUUAAACGUCGUCCCCCCCCCCCCGCCCCCCGAGAGUUGCGUGACUAUUGAUGUAUAUGGAGAUUAAUCAAUCUGUAGGGCAACACCUAUGGGCCCUCUUUUUAUGGGACAUGAAACAUAUAUUGUUUGCGGCCUUACAAUGGGAGUGUAAUUUUUUUUCUCUCAAAAGAUUUAUGGAGGAUCAUGGGACCUGCGCUUUGGCAGUACCACAAUAUCAGAAUAGGUUUCCCUUUUUUUUUGGCAACAAAACAGGUGGUAAGAUGUUAAAACACCAAACUGAAACCUUUUACAAGGAAUCAUGUCUGCAUUAACCACAAUACUUGAUAAUAUAUGCAUUGUCUUUGAAACUGAGAUUAGGCACGAAAGAAAGCUGUCUCUGGUAUGGACCAAUCAGUUUCAAAGACAAUGCAUAUAUUAUCACAGUAUUUUUUUUUUGCAUUCUGGCCACAGGUAUUGUGGUUAAUGCAGACAUGAUUCCUUGUAAAAGGUUUCAGUUUGGUGUUUUAACAUCUUAACACCUGUUUUGUUGCCAGAAAAAAGGGGUAAACCUAUUCUCAUUUAUGGAGGAUCAUUAACAAAAUUGUCACCUUAAUCUUCCUGCACCCAGAUACAUAUUUAGUUGUUAUGUACCAAUGUUAUGUGUAAACGUGCAUUGAAUGUUAUUUGUAUAAUAAACAGUGGAUAUUUUGUUAAUUUUAUUUUAUCUCUAAUAAAAAAUAUAUUGCAAACAAA